AUGUCUCAUUUAGCACAUUCUCAACUGAAUGAAUCUGAAAUACAGAAAAUAACCUAUCCAAAUUUAGCAGAAGUGAGAUAUGAGGAAAAUACAGAGAAAGUAUUUGUAGGUAUUCCUACUCAAAAUCAUUAUAUCUAAAGUGGUAAUAAAUUCUAUAUAUAAUUAGGUAUUCCACUUCCAACAGGGUUUCUUGUUACACCUCUGUAUAAUACAGAUUCUAAUGGUACUAAUGUACCAUAUGAUGCUCAAGGAUCUAUAAUUCCUAUUUCAAUUUAGUGUAAAUUUUGUAAGAGAUCUGGAACUACCCUUAUGGAACAUAGAGCUGGUCCAUAAACUUGGAUUGUAGCAUUUUUCAUAUUUAUAUUUUUCUUGCCACUUGUUUUUCUGCCUUUUGUAUUGAAGAGUUGUAAGGAUAGAGUUCAUUAUUGUCCAAAUUGUGGAUAAUGUGUUGGCAAAAAGAAAUUCAAACUUUGUAACAGUGAUUGA